AUGAACGGCAACAGUUUAUCUAUGAACACCCAACAACCGUUACUUAGAGCAUCUUCAAUUAGUACCUCCCGAAACCACACUACAGGCAUGACAAACACGACAUUCGCAGCAGUUGGCAGCUUCAUAAAGCUGCUUCCUACAGGCACAGUUUUCGUGUUCCAGUUCCUCAACCCUGUUGUGACCAAUAGUGGUCAAUGCAACGAAAGCCGCAGGUGGCUCAGUGCCGUUCUCCUUGUGAUUUGUAGCUUGUGUUGCACCUUUUCCUCCUUCACUGAUAGCUACACAGGCAGUGACAACCAGAGGCACUAUGCCAUCGUAACCCCCAGGGGACUUUGGCCUUCCCCAGCUUCCAACUCCGUUGACUUGUCACUCUACAGACUCUGGGUUGGAGAUUUCGUGCAUGCUGCGUUGUCGUUGUUAGUGUUUGUGGUGUUGGGGCUAUUGGACACCAACACUGUGCACUGCUUCUAUCCUGGCUUUGAGUCAACUCAGAAGAGUCUCCUUCAGGUACUGCCCACAGUUAUUGGGAUUAUAGCGGGUGGGUUGUUCAUGAUUUUCCCCGAUAAUCGCCAUGGAAUUGGAUACCCUAAUUAA